AUGUUUGAAGCGUCCGUGUUAAUUUCAGAUAUUGUGAUCCGCGUAUUGAUGACAUCAUCAUUGUCAUGGUCAAUCAACACAACAUUGAUCUAUUUACAUCCAACACAAAAGUAUCAGAAUAUGUCUGCUGCUCAGUUCAUCGUUCAGCGUGUUAUCGACAAUCCUGGUCGAAUCACUUUGUGUGUCAUUGAUCCUCUGACAUAA